AUGAGAGUGGCUUUAAUACCAACGCCUCUCCGAAGGUAUUUGAUGAAGGCUGCAUGGCGCGCGUACCAGGGCCGAAAGGCCUUCUUACGGCUACGGAAUGCGGCUGGGCGGAUCCAGGCUGCAACCAAGGGCUGGUAUGUCCGCAAGCAGAUUCAGGACCAGCGCAGCCGGCAGCAGUUGGAGCAGCGCUUUGAAGCUGCCUUGGACAGACACCGAGAGAAGAUGAGGGUGCUGGAGAUGGAGAAGCGUGCGCUGCUGGUGCUGCCCGGCUCUGAGGUGGAGGAGUACGAGCAGCGGCGGGUGAUGGCGGCCGUAAAGGUCCAGGCGCACUGGAGGGGCCUGGUGGCCAGACGCAAGAUGGCGCAGUCACCGGAACGCCGCCGAAGGGAGCAGGCCGCCCGCCGCAUCCAAGCAGCCUUCCGCAACGCCCGCGGCGCCCGCGGGAGCUCUUCAGCCGCCCCUCUGAUGACCUCAGCAGCAGCAACAGCAGCAGCACCCGCGGCAGCUACGUCCGGCAACGAGACCUCUCGGGGGGGGCGCCGUUCUCCCAGCUGGCUUCGACAGAGUGGGACCUCCGUGUUGUUGGGUAGUCCGCAGGUGCAAGGCAGCCCGGCCACCCCCCGCGGUGGAGGGGGUAGUGGCGGGGAGGCGGUGGUGGCCAGCCCUCCGCAGAGGCAGGGGCAGGGGCAGCGAGCGGGGCUGUCGACGGGCGGGGCUGAGGCCGGAGGCAGCAGCGCAGCGGGUGGUGAUGUUCAUCCGGCUCGAGAUGCCUCGGUGAUGGGUCCUAGGCGUUACAAGGAGCUCCAUGCGCAGGUGGAGGGCAAGCUGAGUGCCUACUUGGCUCUGGCCAGGACCCGCGGCAGCCGGCGGCCCGACCCACGGGUCGCCGACACCCGCCUGUCGCAGCUCCUGCGCGAGUACCACCGCAGUGCACCUGACCGGCUGGCGGCGACGGCUGAGCGGCAUCGCAGUCUGGUGGUGUUGGACACGUUGUGCGCCCAGCUGGAUCAGGCCGUGCAGGAGGCCCUUUUGGCCGAGGACGAGGAGCGGUGGGAGGCCCUGGAUGCGCGCUGGCGCCGGAAGUGGAGGGAGGUAGAGCAGCUGGAGAACCAGCGGGCCGAUGCGGUUGAGGUCCUCCGCGGCGAGACCGGCGCCGGUGCUGCGGCCGUGGCAGCGGCCCGCCAGGCGGCGGCGAUGCAAUCCAAGCAAGACGAGUAUGCGGCGCGGAUAGCGCGGGCGGCAGUGGCGGUGCCGGUUGGGUCCCAGGCGCAGAACCCCGGCAGCGGCCCGAGCGCGGGACCUGGCGCGGCGGAAAGGACAACGUGA